AUGGUUUCGACAUGGGAUUUGCUUAUGAUUGGAGCAAUUGUUCCGGGGAUACUGGGCAACGUCAUUCUACCGCCAGCCGAUUCCGCAGACAAGGAUGUUUCGCCCGAAAUUUCUAUCCCUAGUACAAAUGCGACAGAACUGCUGGAUUCUUUGGAAGUAUUACGUAAUUGUUAUCUGAAGGAAACAAACAAACUGGAUACAGGCAGUGAUGAUGUUGGCAAUUCCUAUCCUCUGCCAUAUAUCCAUCUUGACAAACUCCAAAGAAGUAUUGCAGACAUGGAAAUGGAUUUGAAAGCGAAAUAUUUCCUUUUCUAUGAGGUGAUGAGCAGUUUCAACCAUUCAACGAAUAAUGCACAUGGUCCCGGUGAAGCAUUCUCCGUAUUGGUAAACACUUUGCACGAGUUACCAGAGAGGAUUCGUGAAAUACUCUUCGACUACUUGAACUUCGGUGAGCAAUCCGGGAACACGACAAAUCAUCAAAGUGCGACUUCUACAGACAGUGACAGCAGAAGGAACGAAGUGAAGUAUAGGGAUGCUGAGCCAGAUCAAGAUGAUCCAGGCGACAUAAAGAAGUCAUUGGAAAUCGUCGAGGCUUCUCUAGUCGCUGCCAGUCACUCGCUGCCUGAAAAAGUUCCGAAGACUAAUGAACCGUUGGCGUUGGCAAUACAGAUAAUCCACAUGGUACUUGAUGGAGCUCUUCCAAAGCAGUUAAGUGAUUUGGAGCCGUUUUUCAUGGCUAUUGGUAAAACA